GAAGUGCGAGCCGCUCGGCAGGGUAGAGCAUACUUCGAUCACUUCAGUCCAAUUCAGUUGAACUUGGUUGAACUCGAGAGUUACGUGGGAGGUCGUUUGCGUCGUAGCUGUUUAUGUUAUCUAUUGUAUCGUGCCGUCAUUUGACAAGGAACUCAUACGUACAGGAACAUUUGUCACGACUUCACAAUUCAACGUAAAUCCACCUCAGAAAAUUCAACUACACGUUAUCGACGUUAUGUCACUCACGUCUAAUCGAAUCAUUGGCGGGAAAUAUUGGCAUCACUAGUUUUUCGUGCGGAACUGCGUGUUUCGUGUUUGGAGAGUUCUCGCUCCUCUUUCAACUUAUCGAUUUUCGGCGUACCGUUUUCGCGCGCAUUUCUCGCGAACUUGCGAGCAACAAGCACGGUGAACGGAUCAGUUGAGGUGCCGCGUGUUUUUCAGGUAUUCUCGUGAUUGUGACGGAGGGGCGCGUCAACGCUCGUCAAGACAAGAGUGUAAGUGGUAAAAGUGAAGAAUCUCAUUCGUCGUGUGACGAUUACACACCGUCGUCCUGCCUAUCGACUCGGUAAAUUCGCGGAAUGACGCAAAACGAUCGACGAGCCUACAGUCGGCGGCAAAUCGAUUGAACACCGAAAAGCAGAAAGUGCUAGCCUCUCAAUCACGAACUAACUGGUGGCACUGAUCAUUCAACGGAGACAAUUGGAAGAAUUCCAUUUGCUCGCAUCUCUCGCGUUCUCACGCUUAUAAAAGUAACGUACAGUCACGAAGAUCAUUCACAGUGAACAAGCAUGGCUCUCUUCCGAAAGUUCAAUGAAAAGAUUCCUCGGAGAGGAAUCCUGGGGGCGAUGAUGUUUCUGGCGUGCAUGUUCUCGUAUGUCAUUCGCACCAAUUUGUCCAUAUCAAUCGUCGCUAUGGUGAACGCUACGGGCAAAGACGGUACCGGUCCAGCAUGUAGCGCGACAGAUAUAAAAAGUAAUAAAACCGUCGUACUCAAAGAUUUCGGAGAGCGUUACGAGUGGAAUCAACACGUCCAAGGGCUGUUAUUGUCAGGAUACUUUUAUGGUGUUCUACCGGCUAGUGUACCAGCUGGACUCUUAGCCGAAAAAUAUGGAGGCUCGAAAGUGGUGGCAUUUGCUACUUUGAUACCUGCCGUAUUAAAUCUCUUGAUGCCUUGGGCUGCGGGUAUUCAUUACGGUUUUGUAUUUGCACUACGUUUUGUAAUGGGAUUUUUUGGAGGCGCCGUUUAUCCCGCUCUUCACGCGAUGAUCGCUCGAUGGGUUCCUCCAGGUGAAAAAGGCAUGUUCGUGUGGACUAUGCAAGGUGGUCCAUUUGGAACUGUUGUAACGUUCGCUUUGUGCGGUGCAGUAAUUAGUGCUUACGGAUGGAACGCUGCGUUUUACGUUACGAGCGGACUUAUGUUAGUUUUUUACGUCCUAUGGGUAUUCCUGAUAUACGAUACACCAGAUAUACAUCCGGGAAUUACGGAAAAAGAGAAAACAUAUAUAAAAGAACAAAUAGGCACUUCCGUCUCAAAACAAAAAGUACAACUACCAGUAAAGGCGGUCGCUACAUCUGGACCGUUCCUAGUGCUAUUGUGGGCUCACUUUGCAAACAUGUGGGGUAUAUACUUUAUCGCUACAAACGGGCCCAAAUAUACGUUGGAAGUUCUUGGUUUCAACAUGAAAUCGGGUGGCGCGAUAACCGGACUGCCGUAUAUAGCUAGAUUAGGCGCCGGUGUGUUAUUUGCAGCAGCGGGCGAUUACGUGCGGAGGAAAAAGGUCUUGUCGUUGGGCUGGAUAAGAAAGAUAUUCAUGCUUUUCUCUCAUAUAGGACCUGCAGUUUGUCUAGUAGUGAUGACGUACGUGGGCUGCGACGCCACGACUGCGAUUAUAAUGUUAAUACUGGCUCUAGCUUUCAAUGGAGCCGCGUGUCAGACCAAUUUACAGAAUCACCAAGAUCUGGCACCGAACUACGCUGGUUCCUUAUACGGAAUCAUGAAUACGUUUGGUAGUUUCCCCGGAUUCAUCAUUCCGCCUAUUAUUGGUGCUUUGACCAAUGAAAGGAAUGGCGUUGAAGAAUGGCGUGUGAUGUUUUGGAUAUCGGCAGUGGUGUUUACGUCAGCGACAGUACUCUUUUGGUUGUUUGGAUCGGCGGAGAUUCAACCGUGGAACGAUACAACUCAACCUCAAGUACCUAUCGAAGAAGAGAAGCAACUUAACGAAGUGACGACGGAAAAAGCGGCCGAUACAGAAGCCGAAGAGAAUGAACGACUCUAGUGUGAUUUAGAAAAUGAAGUGAGAUAAAAUAAUGCGUGUGUUUCGUGUCUAUGUAAAAAAAUCGUAUUAUAAGAAAAAAAAAUAUUGAAAAGGAAACAUAUGUUUGCGCGAAAAUUUGGCAGAUGUUGACUUCACCGUUUAGAACAUCAGUGUCACAUAUUUAUACAAACCUUAGACCGUGUAUACAAAGGUAAUUGUAUGUUAUUAACACGUAUUUGUGAAAACGAGAAAGUUAACAUGUACAGAAUAUUCGUGUACAGAAUAUUCACUUGUGUUAUAAUACGUAUAGAAUAUAUAUCCGUGCUCUAAUUACGGAUACGCGUUGCUAGAAUAUCACGACGGAUCUUUCGUUCUUAGUCCGAUACGUUUGUUUUUAAACGCAGAAUUAUUUUUUCACGUUCUUUUUUUUUUACUAUUACCGUAUAAGACUGUGGAGCAGUUUCAGAAAAUGAUAGAUUUUGUACAUUUUGUCACAAUUUUCACGUGUCUCACGUACAUUUUUCGAAUACUUGAACAUUUUUAUAUUUGAUAUUACACUUUCAUUAUUACACAAUCGUCGUUUUUGAUUUGAUAUCGGAUACUGGCAAAAAGACUAUAGGCGUGGUAUUCGAACAAUGCAGUGUAUCAGGACGCAAAAAUACUCUGUAGUGCAUUUUUUUUAUUUUGUGCCAAAAUAUAUGUGUGUGUACGUAUGUUGUUCUCAUUAAAACAUUUUGACGAGACUGUCGACAGACAUCUAAUGCUUAGGUUGAAGAACUUUGGCGCGCUGUCUUCAUGAGCCAAGGUUAUUGGACAUUUAUAAAUAUCUUACGUUAGGUACUUUAAAUUGUUAUAAAUUCAUCAAGUUUAUACGCGAAUCUUAUUGAGCUAGUUGUGUGACAAAGCGAUUUCACAACUGUUUGUUACGUGUAUCCGGUUUAACUGUGGUCAGGUAGCAUAAACAUGUAUCUUGAGUUGAAUUAAAUCGCGUUGCACAUUCUUAUGCUCAAUAAUUGCUCGGACUCCGUUUAAUCCGCGUAUAACGAAUAAACGAUUUAUAUAUAAAUUUUCUCGUCUUUUAUGACUAAUAGUAUAGGCUCGAAAUGUUGCAAUUUUAUUCUUUUCACGUUUCAUUUAUGAGAUACGUACUACUUCCUAGCAUCUAUAAAAGAAGAUAACGUAACUUGUGUUUUGUAUUUCUUGCGAAAAAAAAAACGUAAUGUUUGUGAUACAGACAAAUUAUAUUCUUUUUUGUAGAAAAAGAAAAGUGUUU